AUGGUGGAUAAGGAAUGGGUGCAUCUUUCCAGAACUGAUCCUGCUUACGAGAGAGGAGUUUCAAAGUUUGUAGAAGAAGUGGCUGCGGCAUUUGGAGACGUUGAGAUGAUUAUUUGUCCCUGCAUCGACUGUCGAAAUAUAGAUCGUCACUCAGGAAGUGUAGUAGUUGAUCAUCUUGUUACUAGAGGGAUGGAUGAGGCAUACAAAAUGAGGUCUGACUCGUAUCAUCAUGGAGAACUGAAAUUGGGGGUUGAAGAUGUAAAGAUACCAAGUCAAUGGAAUGAUGAGAUCUUUGGGUUAUUUCAAGCUGCUGAGUUCAUGGAUGAAGAGUUCGCUACUAAGGCUGACUUGCGUGAGAUUGCUGAGGGUGAGGACAGGAAAGAAGAUGAGUUCCUCGCAAAGCUUGUUGAUGCUGAAACACCAUUAUAUCCAAGUUGUGUAAGCCAUAGUAAGUUGUCGGCUAUUGUCUCACUGUUUAGACUCAAGACACAUAAUGGCUGGUCUGACAAAAGCUUCAACGAUCUGCUAGAGACAUUGCCAGAGAUGUUACCAGAGGAUAAUGUGCUACAUACUUCACUAUACGAGGUGAAGAAGUUUCUGAAAUCUUUUGACAUGGGUUAUCAGAAGAUACAUGCAUGUGUCAAUGACUGUUGCCUAUUCAGAAAGAAGUAUAAGAAGUUAGAGAAAUGUCCUAAGUGCAAGGCUUCCCAGAUGGAAAACCAACAUGCACAACGGUGA